CAACUUUUGAUUAAGAAGUUUCUCUCUUGGCAGUAAUUUGUCGUGCUAAGAACAUCAAUUAUUUAUUAUUACAAAUGAGUGCGUGUUUUAUUUAAUCAAAAAUUAUAUUCACAAGUAAUGGUUAAAAGGACAUUACUGGCUAUUAUAGCCACAUUAUUUAUAUUUUCCGUAACCGCUCAAAAUGAUCGAAGAUCCACAACCACAACAUCCAAACCCGAGGACAAAGAAUUUCAAUGCCCAAAUGGUGUAGGGAAUGGUAAUUUCGCAGAUCCUGCAACUUGCAGGCGAUUUUAUCAGUGUGUAGAUGGAUACCCCUACCAAAACCGAUGUCCUUCUGGAUUGCAUUUCGAUGACAUAAGCAAAUUUUGUACAUUCAAAGAAGAAGCAAGAUGCGGUCCAAUUCCAACAACUAUAGCUCCAGUUACAGAGCCCAUUUUAGAUUUAGCUACAAAAUGUGAUCUAUCUAAUUGUGAAUUGCCAUAUUGUUUUUGUUCAAAAGAUGGAACACUUAUUCCAGGUGGUUUAGAUCCUGAGAAUACUCCUCAAAUGAUCCUUUUAACUUUCGAUGGUGCUGUUAAUUUGAAUAAUUUUGAACAUUAUAAAAAAGUAUUCGCAAAACGACAAAAUCCAAAUGGAUGUGAUAUUAAAGGUACCUUUUUCGUUGCACAUGAAUACAGUAACUACAAUAUGAUUCAAACACUUGCUGGUGAAGGACACGAAAUGGCUACAGAAACAAUUUCUUUACAACAAGGGCUUCAAGAUAAAGGUUACGAAGAAUGGGUUGGUGAAAUGAUUGGAAUGCGAGAAAUUUUAAGACAUUUUGCAAAUAUUUCAAAAGAUCAUGUUGUGGGUAUGCGAGCACCAUUCUUGAAACCAGGACGAAAUACGCAAUACAAAGUUUUAGAAGAUUUUGGAUACAUUUAUGAUAGUUCAAUUGGAGUACCCGCAUUACCAAUUCCAGUUUGGCCAUACACUUUAGAUUAUAAAAUUCCACACGAAUGUAAAAGUGGAACAUGCCCAUCUAGAUCUUUCCCUGGUGUUUGGGAGGUACCGUUAAAUGCUCAUUAUGUCGAAGAUUAUGAAGGCGGCCAUUGUCCCUAUUUAGAUCAAUGUGUCUUACAUAAUCAUGAUCCACAGGAAGUAUUUGAAUGGUUACGAGAAGAUUUCAGUCGAUAUUAUGAUCAAAAUCGAGCACCAUACAUGAUGCCAUUCCAUACAAAUUGGUUCUCAAUUAGAGAUUUAGAAUUAGGUCUAUACAAAUUUUUAGAUUGGGCAACCACUUUGCCUGACGUAUAUUUUGUAACUAUUACACAAGCGUUAACAUGGAUGACUGACCCAAAAACUGUAAAUCAAUUAAAUAAUUAUGAACCGUGGGAUUGUAAGAAACGGAAGGAGAAUUUACCACAACCCGGUUGUUCAAAUGCAAAUAAAUGUGCUUUAAAUUUCCAUCCACCAUCUUUAAAUUUCACUGAUACACGAUAUCUUGAAACAUGUAGGGAUUGUCCUAGACAGUAUCCAUGGGUGGGUGAUGCUGAAGGUACCGGCAUUCCAAGCAAAGACAAUUAUGUUCCAGAUAAUGUUAAAUAAAGACUUAAAUUUUGUAAUUUUAAAAUAAUAAAUUAAAUAAUUUUGCCAUUAUAAAGUAAGUUUCAUAAUUUUACGACACUACUUUAGGGAUAUAUUCUUUAACACAAAAAGGUUCAUAUAGAGGGACAUAUACCAUAAAUUAAUUUAACAAAAUAAUCAAGAAUUUCAAUUUUUUGAGCUGAAAAUUUUCUAUGAAAGUACGCACCGAUCCGAGUAGGGUGUAAUUAACUACACUCCAUCAAAGAUCGACAAAAAACACUUCGCAAAUAUUUCUUGAUAAUGUGCACUUUUUGACAAAUUUCCGGUAAUCAAUUUUAUCUGAGAUAAUUUUCAAUUAAGAGCGUUUAGAAGUAUUAUUCGAUAGAAGUAAUAUUAAAUUUGUGAGAGACCGCUCUGAAGAAUGGCGAGGUAACCUUUAAUACUUAAAUAAUAUUUUUAUUUUAUGUUAAAAAACGUAUUCUUAAAAUAGUGCCGUGCAUUUUUGAAACACCAUAUUUUCAAAUUUUGUUUUUUUU